AUGGGAGUAAAAUAUCAUUAUGUAGAGACCGGUCCCAAAACUGGUGACGUUGUGCUUGUCCUCGGUGAUGCACCGGAUGCUGCAAGCUUAUGGGUGCCGUCCUGGUCAUCCGUUGUGAGGAGGCUCGCUGAAAAUGGCUAUCAUGUCAUUACAUUGGAUUUGAGAGGAACUGGUGGUAGUGAAGGCGGAUAUAGAAGUGACUUAGCACCACCCAAAGCAGUCGAAGAGCUGUCUGCACUAUUGAUGGCCCUUGAUGUCUCAGCAAAUAACCCAGCCAUUGUGAUUGGAUUUGGAAUAGGGGGAAUGCUAGCCUGGUAUCUGGCGCACAGCCGGGGGCCGCUGAUAAGGAAAUUGGCGAUAAUCGACUCGCCGCAUCCGAAUCUCUACUGGCAGUACCCGCCGGCGCGAUUCUGCCACAGGGCGCUGCAUUUCAUACAGUGGCCGUAUUUGCCCGAGCGGUGGCUGGCAGAGGGCGCUUUGCACGAUGACAACGGAUCAAACUCCAAUAGCUCGCGAGCCCGUGACUGGAACGGUGCACUAAACUACGUCAGGGGGGCGGCGUGGUGGCGCGUGGAGCGGUCGCACCUGGUCGAGGCGCCGGCGCUGCUGCUGGGCGGGCGCAGCGCUGCGGCGCAGCUGGUGGGCAGCGCGCAGCACUGCUCGCGCGCAGCGCUGCGGCUGCUCGCCGAGCCCGGCCCGCGGGACCGCGAGCUGCCCGCGCUGCUGCUCGACUUCCUGCCGGCCGCGCCGGCGGAGCCGGCGGCGGGGGGCGGUGCGGGGGCCGGUGCGGGGGGCGGUGCGGGGCGCGGGCUGGUGGGGCGCGUGCUGGGCGCGGUGGCGGGGAGGGGGCGCGAGCUCACCGCGCGCCUCUCGCUGCCCGCCCUCUCCGCGCACGCC